GAAAGUAAAAGCAGUUCUUCCAAGAAUUACCAGUAAUUAGAUAUGCCUGUAUAUCUAAUUGGCUCUUAGUCACGUCUUUAUUGUAUGUUGUAUAUAAUUAUGAUAUAAUGUACGCGCUGUAAGUUUGUCUCUUAAAUCUCAACAUGGCGUCCAGUGGGGAUACAAGUUCGUCAAAGGCAAAACGCAGAAAACGUACAGCAGCUGAAGCGGGGCUCCCAUCUUACGCGAAGAGUUAUUCGCGAGUGAGCAAAGACAAUCUUUAUAUGAUCAUAGCUCUGUGGAUGGAAAAUUUUGUCAAGGAAGCUCCAGAGGAUCACAACAAAGUCGGAGCGGUGCUUGUGUUACCAAACGACGUGAUUUUCGCCGCAGAUUGCUCUCGAGAUGGCGUCCACGCUGUAGCGAGGUUGUUGAUGAAACACUACGAUAAAGCCAAGGGUUGUAAGAUGUUCAUGUCUCGAAAGCCGUGUCCGAUGUGUGCGAAGCUGUUGGUUCAAUCGAAAGUGGAACGAGUCUUGUUUCUGCCGUUUGAACCAGAAUACUAUCGUUCACCUGAACCGUAUAAACGAAAUACCACCAGCACGACUCGCAAGAAAGUUACUGAAAAAAGAAAGAAAUACAACAAUACCCAAAUGAAACAAGUCGACGAUUUAUUCACCGCAAGCUCUAUUGCCCAGACAAGGUUCGUUUUGCAAGUCGAGAAGCCUGUUCUUAAAGAUGCGGAACAGAAAAAAACAUCGGCAAAAAAAAAGAAGCACAUUCGCGAUGAAAUAGAUAGAUUGAACCAUGAAUAUGGUUUUGAAAGAAAUCUCAAAUGGAUACGUUUAAUUAGGGACGAACUACCCUGGCCAGCAUUCGAUAAAGAAAUAAAAGCGGAAGUUCUGGUAUACUUUGCGAACGCCAUGGAGUGGAUGGCAAGAGCUAACGUUCUGCAAGGCCGUGGGUUGAAUUACGAGUUUGAGCUUUGCAGUGAGAAGUCAAAGAAUUCCAAUGCCUUUAAUCCAGUGAGUAAGACCACCGACGCAGAGCAAGCCCGUCAUUUCAUGUCGAUAGCGAGAUUUUUGGCCGAACGCACAGACGACCCGAAAACUGGCGUUGGUGCAGUGAUUGUCAGUCAAGAAAAGGAGAUUCUCUCGUUUGGUUGGAAUGGCUUUCCUCUCAAAGCACUUUAUGGCGAGUUUCCAAGAGCUUCAAAAGAUGAUAAAUCUAUAGUUGAUAAAAAAUACCCGUAUGUAAUUCAUGCUGAGCAGAAUGCUCUUUUGAUGCGAAAUGAAAAGAAUAUCAAAGGCGCAAUUCUGUUUGUUACGAAGUCUCCGUGCAAUGAAUGCGCUCCUUUGAUUGCCAUGCAAGGCAUUGAAACCGUUGUCGUCGACGAUGAUGUCUUAUCGCGUGAUGAUAAAGCCAAAAAGAGCGGCUUGGGGUAUAAGAAGUUUCCUGAUAUGAUCAAACGUGGCAAGUUCGUUUGCUUUCAAACAAGAGAGCCGCGAGCGCGUGGUAAAAAGGCCAGCAGAGCACUGUUCCAUGGUAAUUAAAAAGACAGCCGAAGUAUAAACUCUGAAGAAAUUGACAUUUUCGAUUCGUGUAUCAAUUUAUAUUAAUUCUUGACAUACCAAAUUUAAGUUACGAAUACUAUGUUUACAAUAAUAAUUGCAAUAACACAAUAGGAUGUCAACAAAACUUGACAACUAAGUUAUGGAAUAGCCAGUGACCCAGUAACCCAAAACAUAAAUUAAAAAACUUGCUGUCAUCAAUAUAGUAAUAACGAUAGACAUACGUUGCGGCAAAUUAGGAAUUUUGAACUUCUCAUGUGCAAAACGAACAGAUUUAAGUACUGUUUAAUAAGCGAGCAGGAGUGUUUUAUCAUAUUAAAAGCACUCCUACGCAUGUUUUGAUUGGCUUCAAACACCUUCACAAUAGAUGCCGUCUCAUUAGUAUUCUUUACAUGAAGAAUACUAAUUACGAUGGACUUUUAUAUAAAGAAUACUAAUGAAGAUGAGUUUUACUGAUAUAAAGCCUCUUCAUGUGACAUAUUAUGGUUGACAUGUUUUCCAAUAAGCUUAUGAAUUAUUAAUGAUAUUUGAAGAACUGUUUCAUAAUGUGUAAUUCUAAUGAAUAUUUGAGAUAAUUAUUGGAGUUUUAGUUUGAUAUAAAUAGCCCUAUAGAUCUAUAAUUUGUAACUUUAGCCUUACUAUAUGUAUUUAGCCGAGGAAUUUUCUGACGCUUUUCAGUAGAAGUACUAAACUUCAUUAAGGUGGCUCGAUAUAGUUAUCACGAAAACCCUGCUCAAGAAUCGCGAACUCAAAACAUAGAACAUGACUCGCCUGACUUACGCGCAGGUCGCGGAAACUGAUUAACAAAAUGACAGAACUUCCAAAAUGACCUGACGUAAGCAGCUGCUCGCGCUAUCUCACGUCAUUUCGCGUGUUCUAUAUAGCGUUUUAUGUCAAUUGCUGACGUCAUUAGAAUUUUCCAUUUUAGAAAAACAAUGCGCUAUAUCUCUUUAUUUUGUCUGGUGACCUAUGUUCAAAUUUUGCAUGCUG